CUUUCGGGACGAUUGUGUAUUGUUUCUGGAGAUGCGUCCGACCCACGUACAGUUGCUGCUGCAUUAAACGCUGCUUCCUUGGCACUGCUUCAUUCCGGAUUGCCUUUGCGAGCAACUAUCGCGACCGUGUGCGUUCCUAUUGGCAGCAGUGCCAUGGCCUUGGCGAUUGAUGUCAGUCAUCUUUUCGUGCGACAUUCCGAUCAAGCUUCGAGGCACCAGGGCGUUGGAAACGUAUUUGCAGUGUACUCAAGUCAGCCUGCACGGUCCAUUACCUCGGGGAAUGCACCCGAAAAGUCCUUAGGAUUCGAUUCCGCUGAAGCGCUUGGACUGCUCGACCCAGAUCCGACAGAACCAGCAGCUUCAGCGUGUUACAGACAAGCAAUGGACUUGGCCAAUGUGAUGAUUACCCAGUUGGCAUCGGCCAAAGUUGUAUAA